AUGGAACUGGAAACAAUCUAUGACGGUCUGGAACGCAAAGAUAGUUUCACUGUCAUUUUUUAUUCCGAUCCCAAUCAGGCUUUACAAUGUGCCAUAGAUCGUAUCCUAUUCAAGGAGAACGAGGAGCAAAGUAAGAAGAGAAGUGUCAACAUGCGCCGUUUGAGAUCCGCACUAGAGAAGCGUGCCGUACCCGUGCACGAGUGUUCCACCAAUAAUCAGGCCCCAUUACACAUGGAGCAGACCAAUCUUGAUAGGGAAAACGCUAAUCAACAUGCGGACGAUACAAGCGAGCACAACAGUUCGGAUAGUGAACAUGAAUUUCAUCUGGUCUACUCAAGCGAGUUCUCGACGACAGAUACCGAGACCAGCUCGGACACAACGUCGGCAAGUUCCGCGCAAAAUAAAACAGAAACGUCCGCCUCGGAUGAGAUGAGUCUGAUGUCUGGCUAUCAGGAAUUUAUUGGCAGUUGUCUCUAUCGAAAAUUGCGGUUGGCAGACUCUAUUGAUAUGCAACGAAAAGCACAGCAGGGCAACGAAAAUCUGUCUGUCCUUGGUCCUGAGCACAAAAUCAUGGCUGCAGUCACAUUUCGCAUUCGAUAUCUUCAAAAAAGAAGGCGUGUAAUACACAUAAUAUUUCUGGCUGUUAGACAUCGUUGGCGAAAGAAUCGACUGGGGACCAUGCUGAUUAGUCUGUUAAAAGAUACUCUUGUGGUCGGUCCAUAUGAGGCAAUAGUGGUUCAUGCAGAUCUGGGCGCGAGAGCAUUCUUUCGUCGUAUCGGCUUCACGGAGAAUUUGAUCGUGAAUCAACAAUGGUCCGAAGUGGCGGAUGAGUACACCAAUUGUCGCUUGAUGACAUUUGUGCCGGGCGUGAGUCAACCGGCCCGACAGUUGGCUAAACCAUUGCUCACGGGACAACUUGUGAAUCAGGUCUGGUUGAAAAAAAUUGAUCAAGAACUAGAUGCUUGUGUAAAGCAGACAGAACAGGCACACUGUGCAAAUGUGUUCUGUUUGCGUAAAAUGCGAGAGGAAUUGAUCAACCUGAGGCAGUCGAUGUCGAGUCAGGUAAGUGAUUUAUUAGUUGUGUACUUGUAUUUUCCAUGUUUAACUGUCUCACCCACUUUUCACCAUAUUCUGUAUCUUAAUCCACCUAUCCCCUUUCACUGUCAUUGUUGUUGCGUUGGCACCAUGCUUGUUUUCAAGCCGGUGGUAAAUAUAUAUAUAUGUGUACUGGUGAAGCAGAUAAGAGCUAUCUACCUUCACUGA